UUUAUUUGUUCUCAAAUCACUGGACAAAAUAAUAUUAUAAUUUAGUUGACUAAAAUCAAAUGUUUAAACUAGUCUCAGAAUCAUUUCUUCUUCUUCUUAUCUUGUGUUCUGUUAGAGAGAGAGAGUAGAGAGAGAGAGAGAGAAGUUAUGUCGAGGAUGUAUGACAAUUGGGAGAGGCUGGUCGGAGCCGUUCUGAAGAGAGAGGAGCUCCGGCAAAUUGCCAUGUGUGAAAGCCUCAGUAGCUCCAGUUCAAUUAAUUCCACUUCACUUUUCAUUCCCGAUUUUCCUAAUUUCCUAGAUAUCAAUGAAACAAAAUUCAAAGAUGUGUUUUCAUAUCACCAGAUUCUAGAAGCCACGGAUGAAUUCAACGACGAGAAUCUAAUUAAGCUCGGUCACUCCGGUGACAUUUUUUACGGAACACUCGAACGCGGAAUCCCUGUGGUCAUCAAGAAAGUUGAUUUGUAUUCACCGAUGAAGAGGAAAUCGUACAUGUCGGAAUCGAGUUUCCUUACCAAGGUGGUUUCGCAUCCUAGGAUUGUACCUCUCUUGGGGCAUUGCUUGGAGAAUAACACCGAGAAAUUUCUUGUUUAUGAGCACAUGCGAAAUGGGGAUCUCUCGAGUUCUUUGUUCAAGAAAAGACGUUCCGAUUAUUCUAAUUUACGGUCGCUCGACUGGAUAACUAGACUCAAAAUUGCAAUUGGAGCUGCAGAGGGUCUGGCUUACCUACACCAUGAAUGCAUUCCACCUCAUGUUCAUAGGGAUAUUCAAGCCAGCAGCAUACUUCUUGACGUUGGAUACGAAGUACGCUUAGGAAGUUUGAGUGAGGUUUGUGCUCGAGAAGGUGACACUCGUCCAAGUCGGAUGAUAAGUUUUCUGCGGUUCCAACAGGCAUUGGAACGAGAUACUCCAGGUACUCCUAACGCAACAUGCGCAUACGAUGUAUACUGCUUCGGAAAAGUUCUUCUCGAGCUAGUAACAGGUAAGCUUGGCAUCAGUUCAUCAAACGAAUCCACAGUGAAGGAGUUUUUAGAGAUAACACUACCGUACAUAAGUAUCAACGACAAAGAACUCGUCACCAAUAUAGUGGACCCCUCGCUCAUUAUAGACGAGGACCUUCUAGAAGAAGUGUGGGCCAUGGCUAUUGUCGCCAGGUCAUGCCUCAAUCCAAAUCCCAACAGACGCCCCUUAAUGAGGUAUAUUCUUAAAGCACUGGAAAAUCCUCUUAAAGUUGUGAGAGACGAAAAUACUACUAGCUCUGGAGGUUUGUCGAAUGCUGUUCCGUUCGACAGCAGGCGGUAGAGCUCGUCUGAUGUGGUGGCGGCUGGUGGGCCUGUGGCGGACGCAUCUCCGGAAAUGGAAGAGAUGAGUGGCGAUGGUUUGGAAGGGUCGUGGUCUCAAGGGAGUGGGCAAAAUGGGGAUUUGGAAUAAUGAUCAUUCGAUAGAGAUAUUUCAUGAGCCUUUGGAUAUGGAGAGAGACAGUAAUUGAGAAGUUUUUAGAGAGAGGAAGGCCAUUGUUUUCGAUUCUUUACGAGUAACAAGGUAAGGAUGUACAUUCGUGUAAGCGAGCUUCCCUUUUUCUUUUUUUUUUUCUUGGGGUGAUUAUUAAUCGUUCGAUGAAAGUGGAUCUGAAAAUUCGAGGAGUUUAAUCCGUAAAUCUUUUUUCUCUUUUCUGUAAUUUAUUUUACUUUUUGUGUUGGCCUUUUGGUGAAGUGUAAAUCUUUCAUAAUGGUUGUAAGGAGAAAACAGCAAAAUUAUACAU